ACCCGUGCUAACAAAACCCGCGCAAAUGCGAGCCGCGGCCGUCUUCCCCGAGAAGCCAUGGCGGACAGCGCCGGCGCCGCCCUCACCACCGGCGACGAGGAUCCCUCCCACUCGGCCGUCCCUCGCGAGCUCCCCUCCACGCUGCUGAUCCCCCCGCCUCCGACCAGCGGGAGCCGGGCCUCGCGCAGGGCGGCUGCGGCGGCGGCGGUGGGCGGCGGCGGGCGAGGCGGGAGGAGGAAGGCGGUUGCGCCGGCUCUGGCUCCGGCUCCAGACGGUGCAGGAGGGAGCAGGACAGACCGGCUCGUGGAGGCGGUGAGGGUGGUCGGGAGGAACGUGGACGCGGGGGUAGCGGGUGCCGACAUCCUGGAGCUGGCCAUGGCGAAGGGGCCCAUGUUCGCGUGGCUGAGCUACUGGCCGGAGAAUGGGUACCCCAAGGAAGACCAACCCUACUGACACGAUGCGUCGCCUUAGCACCAGGACCAUGUGGGAGGAAAACUGCUGAAGAUUUGGAUGCUGCACCGAUGUCUUUCAUGGUGUCGAAGUAUUGAGUGACCAGAACUAAAUCCAUGACAUCCUUAGCUGAAGUCCCAGGCACAUUGCCAGAGAAGCCGAGCACACUGUCUCUCAGCCCAUCAACUAUGGCUUGUCGCUGCUUUGCAAUGCCAAUGCCAGAGAGAUAUUUGGCUUCAGCUUCACCCUCAGCCCUCUUGAUCUGAAUGAUCUUCUCUGCCUCUGCCUUCUCAUUUGCUGCGACACGCAUUCUUGCAGCUGAGAAAAAUGAUAAAAAGAAAUGGU